GAAAAUCAUUAGAUCGAAGAAGAAGAAGAAAGAAAGAUCAAGUGCCCCUCUUUCUUCUUCGAUCUUCUUAUACUUAUAACAUACGUACAACAUAUGCAUAUGGAUUAAGUAAUUGAAGGGUUAAGUACGUACAUACUCAAUUCAAUUGAAAUCGCUACCUCAAGAAGUCAUACCAUUAAAUAUUAUCAUAUACUAUGCACUCUGGCCCUAAUCACCCUCCACCGCCCCCAUACGUGAUGCUUCAAGAUCAGGGUGCCCCCGGCCACUAUCCAGGACCCCAUGGUCGCAAUCCUCCCCGGUUCAAUGGCCAAUACCGCCCCAACGGGCGCCGCAAAAAUACUUGCUUGAGGUGCUAUUGUUGUUUCUAUUGUUGCUUUUUCAUAACUUUAGUGGUGAUUAUCGCAGCCUUGGUCAUCAGCUUCAUCAUAAUUAACCCGCACGUGCCCGAGUACAAAAUUAAUGACUUCUCCGUCAAGGCAUUCAAUCUCACCCCUGAUCUCAACCUCCACGCGCAUUUCGUGAUCACGGUAAAGGCUGAGAACCCUAACAAGCAAAUCUCCAUCAUAUAUGGCAAGGGCAGCAGUGUAACCCUCUUGUACUCGGGGAUGAAGCUUUGCUCUGGGAAGGUACCAGAUUUUACUCAACCCACAAAGAACACGACCAUGAUGAAUGUAGACCUCAAAGGAGACUUGAAAGGGAGUGACUUUGGAGGCUCCUUGGGAGAGUCACUCAUGGAGAAAAUGAAGAGUGAUAGGAUCCCUUUGACUGUUGCGGUUAGGGUACCUGUAAAUGUAGCGAUGGGAAAAAUGCAUGUGUUGAAAGAUCCAAUGGGGAUUUAUGUCAACUGCUCCAUGGUCGUCAAUAAUUUGUCCCAACCAGAUAAGAAAGUAGGGAUUUCAGACAAAAAAUAUGACAUUGAUUUUUCAUAUAAGUUCAAACAUUGAUGAAAACCCCAUGUUAUAUACGAGGUAGGAAGUUGAGCAUUAUGUUAGCUAUAUUCUAGCUAGCUAGCUGCUUAAUUUCUGCAGAGGGAAGUUCAAUUGCAGGGUUAAUUAAUGUGUUGUUCUUACACAAACAAAUUUCUUCAUUUUUUUCCUUCCAAAUGUAAUGCACAAAAUUAUUGCGUCUGUUACUUUAGCAAUUUUUUUUUCAAGCGCGGAAUUAUAAAUGGUACAGUACAGAUGUGACUUUGUUUGCA